ACACAUAAGACACCGCUUCAUUUGGCUGCAGAAUAUGGACAUGAUUCUACAGUUCAAAUACUCCUGAGAGCAGAUGUGAAAAAAGAACCACGUGAUAAGAAGAAACGCACUCCUCUUCAUUUAGCUGUAAUUGGUGGAUGUUUCCAUAUGAAUCAUAGCCGAGUCACGGGAACACUCCUGAAAGCUGGUGUCCACAAAGAACCACGUGAUGAGAGAGACGUACAAAAUUUGUUUUCCAUGACGCCGUUAGAAAUAGCCUUCGAGAAAGGAAACCCACAUAUAAUACAAUUGUUGUCUAAUGCAGAUAUACCAGACAGUGUGUUCGACGAGGUCCAGCACAUUGAUGAUGACAACGUAUUUGAAUUCGUAAAAGAUAUAACUGCUCCAGAUGGCAAAAUUGACAGCAAGCUUCAGUCAAAAAUAAUGAAAGAUCCACAUGGUGAUAAUAACAAUGCAGGCUCAAAUCAACGUUCCAAGGUUCCGCAUACGAAGAAAAAAAACAAAAAGAAAAAAGACGAACGUGAACACCGAUUAGUCAGUUGUCACCCAGCUCUCGACCAGUGCAGUUCAGCUGCGGUGCAGUGUCGACAUGGGAGCCAACGUAUGUCUCAAGAUAAUGCCUGUCCAAUUCAGCAUGUGGGACUGAUAGGUGCAAGACAGCGUGCUGUGGUUCUGCGGGAUAUUGGUGGCCGGAUUCGCGGGAGACUAUCUCGUAUUCCCGUUCGUAACAAAUAG